GUCGGUCGAAGAUGGCAGCCCCCAUGUGCGCGUGCAUGAUGAGUUGAAGUGGUGGUGAUGUAAUGACGUGCAACUGCAACAUUCUCUAAAAUUUGUCAAAGGAUGUUUUGCAUUCGUCAUAAAAGGCUGACACAGACGUUUGUGAAGUAUUGUGCCAAUUUUGUGAAGGAAUUCAGUGGCCAAAAUCAACAAGAAAUCGAGAGUAUGGCUCGGAUUGUUAAACUCGGAAACGAAACAGAUAACCACCAUGCAGUUUGUGCAGCAGUUGAGAGUCUCAAGGCUGGCAAUGUCAUAGCUGUCCCCACAGAUACAAUCUACGGAGUAGCUGCUUUGGCUCAGUCUACUGCUUCAGUCAAGCAACUGUACAACAUCAAAGGAAGAAAUGGACAUAACCCAAUCGCAAUCUGUGUUGCAGACAUUGAGGACUUGGAAAAGUGGAGUGAAGUACCAGUGUCAAGAAGUUUACUCUCAGAUCUUCUGCCAGGACCGGUCACGUUGGUUCUCAAGCGACGACCUGAGCUCAACCCAGAAUUGAACCCAUUUACCAGUUUGGUUGGUAUCCGUAUCCCGGGCUAUCCAUUCAUCAGACAGGUGGCAAGAGCAGUUGGUUCCCCGCUAGCGCUUACCAGUGCCAACGUCAGUGCUUCGAGGAGUACACUGGCCGUGCAGGAAUUUGAGGAGCUUUGGCCCAAACUUGACCUCAUUUUAGAUGGAGGUAAACUUGGUGAUACCUUGGAGUCACGGUUGGGAUCUACCGUGGUGAAUUUGUCUGUUCCUGGGCAAUUCACCAUCAUCAGACCAGGAAGUGCUCACAAGGAGACUGUGGAAGUCCUGUCAAAGAAACACGGCCUGCUGGAGACGAGGUAGCAGAAAUACGGUCGUACAGCAUCCACUCCACCACAAGAAAUGCUAUUUUUAUGACUGUCUAUUAUAUCUCUCAGUGACAUUUCCUGACUAUGGCCAGUGUAUUUUGUACCUCCAACGGUGCUUCAGAUACAUGUAACUCUUUUUAUGUUUUAACUUCACCAUAACAGUAUUUUUAUUUAAGUGACUCUACAGGGUGGCACAACAAAUAUUUUUGCUGAUAUGCUCCACGACAUUGGAUUAUGAUCUUUUUGCCUAUGUGCAAAAAAAUUAAAUCCUGGCAAAUUUGCAUAUACUCCCAAAUCCUGCCUUGAUCAAAGGGCAGGUUUUCAAGAAAAAGUUUUGGAAUUGUUUUCCUUUUGUACUGUUGGGUAAAGGUUUUCUAAACGAAACUACUUUAUAAGUACAUGUAACAUUUUAAUCAUGUGCAUCUGAGCUUCAUUAUAAUAAAGUACUUCUAUUAAAUACGUACACUGCGCAUCAUUAAAUUAUGGGUUAUUUUAAGGUAAAUUAAAUUUUGUCUGUUUUUUUUGGAAGAAAAAUAAAUGUAUUGAGUGUGAA